AAACGAGACGUCAGUACCGCGCCAACCGUCACCGACGUCCUACGUGUCGUCCGUUACAAGUUUUACGUGAAAAACUUAUCGAGUGCUAUUUAAUAUCGAAAAACAAAUCGAGUUCCAUUAUAAUCGAAACGAAGUGCUGUGAAACUAGUGUGGAGUUGGAUUCGAGUUAAUGCUUCAAUUAGUUUAGGUAAAAGUGAGUGUGUGGACGUUUCAAUCAGAAGUAGAUUAGGCUGUAUGUACUGCUAGCUGUUUGUGACUUGUGAGCUUGAGGCGUUACGGAUGUUGAAGCUGGUAUCCCCCGAGGUCCGAAUGGCGCUGCCGCUGCCCCGCGCGCCGGACCCGGUGCUGGCCGCCUACUGGGCCGAGUACGAGGACCUUUGCCGGCUCAGCCAACAGCUCACGGACGACGAUGACAAUCUUUAUGAAGAAGGCGAGCUCGAAACAGAAUGGCUGCAAGCCGCCGGCCUCGGUUCCCUGGCCGCGCCGUUCCAGGCCGGCCUCGAAGUCACCGAAGCCCAGCUGGGUGAGGCCGUGAGGCCGCUGCCCAGAGAACAAGCUGCUGCGGUUAGGAGACGAGUCCGAAGGCUGAAUAGGACUGUGCGGCGGCGGCGCGCGGCCUCGAGGGCGAGGAAACCUGAUAUUAGGGAUGUCUUCAGGGAUUUGGAGAACUCGAGUGGCAGCGAGCCGAGGUCUCGAAGCGCGACGCCCGACUCCUUGGACUCCAUGCCCAGUGGGGGUUCCGGAAGCCCCCCAGUAGAAUGGGCCGACCACACGCCUCCAGAUUUUGUCGACAGUUUCCCCCCGACCGGCACACACUCUCCCCUGGCUCGCACGCCGUCCGCACCAGCGGCGCCGCGACGGGCGCGUCUCUCUCCACCUGCCUUGGAACCUCCGCUACCCAUGCACGAGCUGUUCAAGCCGAAUGAUCUGCAUUGGGCUGACAUAGCUACUAAUACUGAGGGCAUCGAACUCCUAGGCUACCAAAGAUACGGGACUGUCCAGGGUCCAAGAAUAGGCAAGGAGCGAAUCAACGGAUCGAUACUGAAGGACAACGACCCUUUCGUCAAGCACACUGUCGUGUCGCGGGCAAAAAGCGCGGCGUCCGUGCAGCAACCACUCAGCUUCGAACACAAGUUUAACCUGGACCGGCAGAUGAUGGACCAUGAGGAGGAAUGGCCUGAGGACGGUAGCGUGGUGGACGUGGAAAGCAUCGGCGAGCCGCAACUGAAGCGUCUGCCGCAACUCCUGCUGCUGGAGCUGACGGCGCUCUUCGACAAAUACUCGCUGCCCUUCCAGAAGAGGAAACCGUCUAAGAAGAAGAGGAAAGAAGAAGGCUCAGUAUUCGGAGUCUCCCUCGAAACUUUACUCCGCAAGGACAUGCUGCUAUGGGAGGAAACUUGGAGCUCUGUACCCGGAGUCCUGCGGGCGUUAGCCGGGACACUGGCCAAGCGGGCGACAGAUGAGGGGCUGCUGAGAGUAGCUGGGAAUAAGCACAAGAUCGAAGCGCUCUGCCAACUGAUAGAGCGUUCCUGGUACACGGAGCACCGAGGCGCAGUAGAGGCGGCCUUAGCUGGAGCGAGCAGCCACGACCUGGCGGCAGUCUUCAAGCGGCUGCUGCGGGCGUUGCCGCAGCCGCCGCUCACGCAGGAGCUGAUGAGGCUCUUCUACCACACGUAUGCCCUAACGGGCCCGACGCAGGGCCGCGCCCUCAACCUGCUGGUGCUGCUGCUGCCCGCCGAGCAGCGCGCCACGCUGCGCUGUAUCCUCACGCUCGCGCGCGACAUCGUGGCGCACGCGCACACCAACAAGAUGAGCGCGCACAACGUCGCCAUGAUCAUUGCGCCGGCGCUCUUCCCGCCCAGCCUCCUGAUAAAGCAGUCAGACAGCCUGGAGACACAGCUGGCCACGGCAGCAAACAGCUGCCACGUGACGGAAGCCCUCAUGCGCUGGUGCGAGCAGCUCUGGCUCAUCCCGGCCUCCAUCCUCGCGGCUUCGCAGCGAAAACCUUCGCCGCACCGUAGGAACCACAUCUGACUCUAUCCUUUAAGGGUUAAGGUGCUAAAUCGUUUGCGGUAGUGAUGUCACAAAUAUGCACUUUAGUAUAGUUUCGAC